UCAUCAAUUUGAAGUAACCUUGACAUCUUUUACGAUGCCCACCAAAUCAAGGUCCCACAGUUCUAGCCCCGCCAAGAAGACUGGGGGUCCAAAAACACCCCAAAAGAGGUCGUCUAGUGCCAAACCCACCAAGAAAGAGGUGGACAUCCUCAGCCCUGCAGCCAUGGAGAACAUCUACUACAUUUCACACAAUGCUGUGGACUGUCUGGAGUUCAGAGGCUUUGGGUGGCCAAAUUCAAAGAAGAAGAAAAAGAAAAAGGGAACAAAACCGAAGAAAAAGUAAAUUAUAUUUUUUUGCCAAACCUAAAUUUCCCCUUUUGGUUAAAAUAAGUUACAUUUGUGCCUUGCUAAUGGCACCAUCUGGUGCACACGUGUAGUGACUGCCUAUAUAUACACACACCACUGCUG